UAUAUUUAUUGAUUCACUUUCUGGGACAUUUUUAUAUUUAAUAAUUCCACCAUAUUUAUAAUUAUUUAUUUUAUUAAAUAUUAUUUUACUUGAGUCACUCGUCCAGUUUAUUUGUAGGUUCAUAUAUUCAGUUAUGAAAUCAGCAUAAACUAAUUCAUAAUAAGGGCCUUGUCAUGCCCUGCCAUGUUUUUUGUGUCAAUUUUUGGUGUUUCCAACCCAGAGAGCUCGUCUAGCGAUACCAGCUGACACAUUUUUAAUAAAGGCAACAAUUAACCGAAUACUUAGGUCGACAGCACCCAGACCACCAUGUUCUCUGCCUUUAAAUAAAAGCUCACGUUUUGUGGCCUCUCUAGUAGUGUCCCAGACCAAGUUUACACACUGUUUGUUUAGUUUUCUAACAAUGGUGGGGGAGGAGGAAAGAUGUUUUCUAAAAAUAGGAGUUUGGAUAGGAUAUGCGUUUAAUAAUGUUGAUUCUUGAUUUAUAAUUAGUGUUUUUAUUUUGCCACUUUUUGACUUCUUCUCCUACUAUAGUCAGUUUAUCAUUCCAGUUAUGUUCACUGCAGUUAUUGUUACAAAAGUUUUACAAAGUAUUUUAAUUUCUUGUUUUAUUUGAAUAUUUAAAUCGUCUAUUUAAAUAGACUUAAUUAACGGGCUUAUUGCCUGUCUACCAGAUCUUUCCAUGUGCUGUCAAAGUGGGGGUCGUUUGGGCAUGAGUGAAUAUUUUCAAGGUGGUUGCGGAAGAGUUUGGCUUUGUCUUUGUUAGUGAUGAUUGUUCCAGAUGAUUUGAGUGGGGGUGGUGUUGCUUUGUGGAUCUCCAUUGAUGCUCCUGAUUUUCUGCCAGAAGGUCCGGGGGUUUGUGUCAUGGUCCAGUUUGUGGUAGAAUGAUUUCCAGGUUUUUUGUUUGUGGAGGGUGAGUUGUGAUUUGAUGGUGCUUUGGAGUCUGUUUAUUUCUCUUUUGGUGUGGGGUGAUCGAUGGGGGCUGCUCCUUUUUUCUUACUGUGAAAUGUUGUACUGUCUUAAUUUGUUGUUAUGUUAAUGUAACUACGGAUGGAAAUUAGCGUCAAGCUACAAUCCGGCAUCUUUACAUGUUUAAACAUGUUCAUCAAUGUGCACUGUCCCAUUCAAAUAAACAAAUAAAUAAAUAGAUGAGUCAUCCAUUCACCGUAGAAUGGAGAUUUCCUGCUUCUAUUGUGAAGGCGCACCAGCGGUGCUCAACUACGUCCGCAGAAAGCAUGUAUGUACUGAUACUGUCUUGCCGAGUAUCAUCAGUCGGAACAAACUAGAUUCAGACAAGAUGAGUGGUCGCGGCAAGGGAGGCAAAGGACUCGGUAAAGGAGGCGCAAAGCGUCACCGUAAAGUUCUCCGUGAUAACAUCCAGGGAAUCACCAAACCCGCCAUCCGCCGUCUGGCUCGCCGCGGCGGUGUGAAGCGUAUCUCCGGUCUCAUCUACGAGGAGACCCGCGGUGUGCUCAAGGUCUUCCUGGAGAACGUUAUCCGUGACGCCGUCACCUACACCGAGCACGCCAAGAGGAAGACGGUCACCGCCAUGGAUGUGGUGUAUGCUCUCAAGAGGCAGGGCCGCACCCUGUACGGCUUCGGAGGUUAAAUCACUGCCUCAUUUCACCUCAACACAACGGCUCUUUUAAGAGCCACACACAUCAACCAAAGAGCUCGUUUCUGUUCUUGUUUUUUCAUUAUUUUGUAUGAUAUGAUCAGCGUAAUAUGUUUAAUACAGUUGUUGAUUUGUUGUUGUUGUUUUUUUUGCUUGCUGCUGUUGGUAAAAACCUGAAUGUCCUCAAAAAUUGCAGACGCUUUGGCUUUUAUGGAAAAUAAAUGACUUUCGCUUAAUAUAAUUAAAUCUUAUUUUUUCAACUAAUAGAGACAUAUUUAUCUAGAUUAUAAAUAUAGUUAUAAUACAUAUUUCCAAAAACCGUUGUGCGCUGUACGUUAUGUAUUUCUUCUCCCCCUGAAAACGACACACAUCAUCUCAGUGUAACACACACCGAUCUCUACCUAAAUAAAAUA